CCCUCAGGUCGCCUCAGGCGGGCCCGGGCCCGGGAGGCCGGCCCGGCGCCCGUCGGGGCCCGCCGUGCUUCUGUCCUUCCCCCGAGCCCGGAGCGCUGCCAGCCCGGCUGCCGGCCCCCCAGCAGGCGACAGCCUUGAGCGCGCCCUCCCGGCAGCAAUCUUUGUGCUUCUGUCGCUGGGAGUUUGCACUUGCUGAGAGUUGGUGUCGGAGGAGAGCAGGCCAGUCUUUGAGGAAGAGGGGAUUUCCUUGAAAGUUCUGCAGAGUCCUGGCAAUCUGUGUCUGGUAACAUGGUCAGAAUCUCCCAGCUACUCUCCUUGAGUGAUACUAGUCCUUCAAGAUGAUGGGAUCUCUCCUCAGAGCUCCAGAAGAAUUAUGGUGCAUUUCCAUUCAAUCAGCUGAGAUUUUCCAGGUGCUUUCAGUGAUGCUGAGAGACAACAACAAUCGCUGUGAAAAGCACAGACUGAUGAUAUCUCCCACUCAACACUGCUAAGCUGCUCAGUGGUUUCACUUUCAUUCCGUUAGACAAAGGAUGGCUUUUCUGCAAUAAGAAAAAGCAGCCGUUGAAUGCCAGGACAAACAGGAUUUUAUGUGUCACCUGAUGGAGCCGACGCCCAGCACUGAACAACACUACCUUAGAAGCUGCCCUCCCUGGAGCUCUCCUCUGCACUUCUCCAGCCCAGCAUCAAGAGCUGUGGAGGCUUCCCGACCAAGGUUUAUGAACUGCAGCUCUGAGCUCACACCGACUGCAGGCUGCCAGCAAACCAAGCUGGGGGGGAAACAAGCAAGUUUGGAGGUCACGGAUUGAGGUACUAUCUAUCAAUGGCAUUGUUGGGAUGAUUCAUUUUGGACUGAACCAGCCACAGAGCGCAAGCUGAAUUGCUUAUCCCACCUGCAGCUCCAUGCACAAGUCUCACCGCGGGGGCCUGAAGCAGCAGAGCCUCAUCCUGGCGCUGCUGAGCGCGGCGGACACCGAGCUCCGGCGGCGCAGCCGAACCCCGGCCGCGAACGGCCCCCCCGGCGCCCGGCCUACCCUGGGCCGGGCCAGGCCGGCGCUGCGGAGCCGCCGGUCGCCGCGGGCGGGCGAGCUGCCGGCCGGGGCUGCUCAUCAGCAGCGCGGGGGCAGGGAGGACGCGCGGCGCGGGCACGACUCGGCCACCGGGGCCGUCAUCCCCCCCCACCGCGUCGGCUGCAGCCUCCCACACCUGGCGGCGGCCCCGGGCACGGGCAGGAGCGGAGGGAUGACCUCUAAGGAUGCUUCAGGUGAAGCUUAUAGUAACUGGAGAUGACUUUGGCUAUUGUCCUCGGAGAAAUCAAGGCAUCGUGGACUGCUUCCUGGCUGGUGCGGUAUCUAACGUGUCCCUUCUAGUCAACGGAAGUGCUGCAGCAGAUGCAGCCAAGCUGGCAAGGAGACACAACAUCCCAAUAGGCCUGCAUGCCAACCUCUCCGAGGGCUCUCCUGUAUGCCAGGUGCUCAAGACCAAUUCUUCUCUGCUCAACGAACGUGGAUUCUUCCAUGGGAAAAUGGGAUUCAGAACAGCUCUAUCAAAAGGUCUCCUGAUUAUGUCAGAGGUGAAGCAGGAGCUAAAGGCCCAGGUGGAGCUGUUCCGUGAGCUGACAGGUCACCUACCUCCUCACAUGGAUGGACACCAGCAUGUUCACGUCCUCCCAGAAGUCAGGCAUGUAUUUGCAGAGGUGUUAGAGGAGUAUGGGAUUAAGUACACACGUGUCCCAAUAGAGCCAGGCCUUCAUAACUGUGACUGGAUUCCACCAUCCCUGAUGGACUUUUAUCUGGGAGUAGAAGAUGACUCUUUUAACACAGUGGAUGUGUUUACAAGGCAUGGAAUAAGGUUCCUGGCAGGGAAAUCCAGAGGAAGCCCCGCACGCUCCAGGGCUACCGGAGGGAGGGGGUGGUUGCGACCUUCCCCCGGGAGGCCGCUGCUCCGGGAUCCGCCUCCCCAAGAGCACAGGGAGGAAGCGGUGGGGCCGUCCCGGGACCUGCUCAUUUAUCCCCCGCGGCACCGCCCCCCUGCUCGGGCACGCACCCACCUGGUGUCCGGGGGAGGAAGGGGCGACAAACUGACAAAAGAAACACGUACGACGGGGAAACCAAGAAAGGAGAAGAGCACGGUCAGCUCAAGUCACAAGCUGACCACCUCGAGCGGUUUCAGCAUCUGUGCCAAGAGGUACCACACCGAGCCCCCGAGGUGGCCAGACAUUUACAUAGGUUUGAGCACCAUGGGCAAGAACAUGUCUGUCAGCAGCAUCUGGAGCGCCAUCGACACGGCCCUCGUGGGGUUCACCACCAAGGCCCCCUCCCCUGCACCCCCGAGCAGGACGGUGACGAUUGAACUGAUGGUGCACCCAGGGUACCCCAGUGUCCCACCCGUUGGUGGCUGUGGGGAAGGACCAGAUGAUUUCUCACAGUCCUGGGAGCGCCUCCAUGAACUCCAGACAUUAAUUAAGCCAGAGCUGCAGAGCCAUUACAAAACCAGGAACAUUCAGCUUUGCUCAUUCAAAGAUCUUUGAGUGAACCAGCAUGUGCACCUCUGCACAUUCACUCAUACUCUGAAGACAGGCAGUUGCUAAUGUCCUGAGAAGCCAGAGCACUGUUAUCAGUGUGAUACUUCCUGGUACCACUGACAGGAGCUGGGAACAGCAUUACGAUUUUCACAGAAGAGCAACACCCCGGGAGCAGCUACAGGGAGUACCUGACUGGCAGUUUUUUAGCCCACACCAUCUGCUCUGAAUGUGACCAACCUCUCCUGCCUCACCUGCUCACGCACCUUUCCAUUGCAGCGUGGCAGCCAAGGGCCAGCCCUGCUCCCAGGGCUCAAUUCCUGCCCGAACUAUGGUGAGCAGCAGGAAGACAGGCCUUGCUGCCAGACCCAGCGGCACCACAGCACCCUCUGGGUUCUGUCAGUUCUCUUUUUGGACCUCACAGCAAAAAAAGAGAAAGAUAAUGGGGAGCAGGUGCUGCUUUGGAACAACUGCCCAGUGUAGGCUGUCCACAGGAGGCCUGAAAACAUUCAGCAUUUGGUUUUCUUAAAGCAUCCAGUCGUGGUCCCUCCCCCUUCCCCCACUGCAGGGGCACAGGCACGUUACCUGUGAGUGUUGCUCUGGGCAGAGCAGCAGGAUCACGGGUCCAGCCCAGUGGUGUCUGCAGCCACAUUCCAUGUGCAGCCUCAGCCAGCAGUGAUUACAGCUCUUCCUAUUUACGUUGCCUCUUGGCACGAAGCCACUGCAGGAAAGUCCCAUCAGCCACAGCCCUUUCAGAGAGGCUUUUCUUCUUUUUUUUUUUUUUUGAUGACUUUGCAAGAACAGCAACUGUUGACCCAUCUGCUAUUUCAGUAGCUGCACGAGGGCACAUCAGCAACUGUUCCUGUGCUGCCUCUCAGGAACAACGUGUGGGGUGGUUACAUUCCAGCUACGGGCAAGUUUUAAAGUGGACAAGCUCAUCCAUUUUUAUUCCUGUAAUCAGAGCAUUUGAACUUCAACAAGCCCUAGUAACACUGACGCAUUUCACUGCCUUCUUACCUGUAGCCCUGCUGCUCAUGUAUAAGUUUCACAUGGGAAAAAGUAUUUUAGAUUGUUUCUGCUCAUUUUCUGCACAAAAGUGAUCUAUUUAAUGUAAUUGUUUUUGUUAACUUUAAAAAAAAUAUGACGAAUUCCAAUGUGAUCAUUCUUUUAAAUGAAAAAUAAACUCAGGCCUUUUUCUACUGUAAA